GGGUCCAGUUGAAGCAAAAUCUCCCACAGGACUCCACAAUUGCUUUCGGAUACCUGGAGAUUAAAGAACUCUCCAAUUGCAACAAUGUUUACCAACUAGGUAUCCAUAACUGCCGGAAUCUGACCGCAACCUUGAAAAUCCCGAAUCAUUGUUGAGCCGGUCCCUUUUGCACCAUGUCGUCUAAGAAAUCCUAUCUCAGUGAAGAGUUUAUAGACUCUAGCGACGGCUCCGAACAUGAGGCUCGCCCGGCGAAAACUGCGGUGACCAAGAAGAGGAAGCAGGCCACCAGUACUCCUAAUGGGACCAAUGGGACCACCGUUCCUAUCUCGAAAACCUCGCCAUCCGUCGUCAAAUCCAAGAAGAGCUCUUCAAAAGAGGCCAAGUCUAAGAAGGUUGCAUUCGAGAACAAGAAGUCGGAAAGGACUGUGGCAGCAACCGCACGGUCGGUGAAGGCCACAUCUACGCCAGCGCCCAUUCUCAAAAGCACACCCACACGUCCCUCCACUGCUGAACGGCCGACAUCUUCGCCCACCGCACCACCAAAGUCUUCCGAGAAGAAGGUCCAGUUUUCGAAAGAGACAAAGGCAAAGGAUGCACCCAAAAGUCUAAAAGGGCGAGACCCUCGAAAAUCCUCUUCCAACAUUGGCGUUCCUUUACCCCGUCACGAUUCCGACGAGUCGGACACAUCCAGUUCAGACGACGAGAGCGAGUCUUCUUCCAGUUCCGAGGAAGAGGAAGCCCCAAAACCACAGAAAGGAAACCAAUCGACCGCGACGGCUAAAGAUGAGAAGUCAGAGGAGGAGUCCAGUGACACUAGCGAGGAGGAUACAAGCUCUGGGGACGAAGAAGAGGCUAUGGAGGCGAAAAAGGUUGUGAGCGGCGAAGAUGAAUCUGCUUCAGAAGAAAGUUCAUCGGAAGAAGAGGAGAGCGCUGUUGCUGCAACUUCGGAGGACGAGGACACGGCGGACGAGGACGAGGAAAUGGAAGACGCUCCAGAGAACGACGAAGCCGAGGCAGGAGAAUCUGAAGCUGAAUCCGAGGCAUCCGCGGAUGUCCCGGUGAUACAGCAGGACGACACCACUACUUCGUACAAGCCGCCGGAAGGAUUUGAGUCGAUUUCGAUUUCGAGCCGUCGCGGAAAGGAGCUUCAGCAGUUGUUCGACUCGGAACGGAGCUCGACGAAAACGUUCUGGCACAUCACGGCCCCUUCGUCAGUGUCCCUGACAGAGUUGAAAGAUCUGCUACUUGAUGAUAUCGCAAGCGGGAAAGAUGUUCUCGAGCAUGACAACACCAAGUACGCUUUCGCAGAAGGAGAUUCAGAGGGGAACCCCACACUGCUUCUUCCCCAGAACAGUGACUACUCAAUAGAUCUCUCGAACCCUUCAUCUCCAGCCUAUUAUUGGUACCGCGAGACAGGAAACCACUCCCACGGCUGACGCCGAAACAUCUAAUGUCCAACACCAGUAUCUGAAGGUAAAGCCAAAGAUUCAGCAACGGACAGGCUUAAAAAUGCGGUAUCGGCCAGCAGGCAUUGGAAAUGACGAUAUGGGUCGGAUCUGU